UCCAGUGAAAUAAGCCCAAGACAACCAUCACACUCCAAAGGCAGAUAUUUUCCAAAGGAAAAGCUUGUUAAAUAAUUUAUUGAUUUAUACAAAGUCUUUCCAACCAUAUGAGUCAGAAAGCAACUGAAAAUCAAGUGAAGCAGUUCUCUCUCCCUUUACAUUCUUAGAACCAAAAAAAUAAAAUAAAAUCAAAGGAAGCCAAGCCAUCCAAACCCAAUUUUUUAAAAAAGGGAAAGAAACCUUUUCAGUUUUUACACUAGAAAUAUACAUGACAAAAAUCUGUAAUUUUCUAUAUACACAGCUGAGCUGGUAUCCUCCACUCAUAUACAAAACAGUAACAACAGCUUGAUUGUUAGGAGCAGGAAAGGGGGGGGGGAAUGGAGGGGUGGAAAUCACAAUUUCAAAGGCAGCAGCUACUCCAUCCUCAGCCCACUGACAUCCCAGCAGCAUUUACGACUCCCCCCCUUCCCCCCCACAAAUGACUAGAAUCCAAUGGGAUGAAAGUUGUAGGCUAGCAGUUGACAUUUAAAGCAGUUAUUUUGCACAAGACAUCCCAGGAAUUAAAACGGGGUUUCAGCUAAGUGCAGAUAGGCCUGGAGACCAAGGUUAUGCAGAGCCUGGGGCUCUCCUGAGAAAGAGGAGGAUCAACCUCCUACCUAUUUACUCAGCCCUGAUGAAGCCCCCAAUGCAUAACCGCUGCAAUCAAGUUUGGACCGAAUCAAUUUAUCUGUUCUACAUCUGCAAUCCGAUAGUCCUUUUGGACAGGAGACAAAGGGAGGUGGGUUUGCUCCAUAGUUAGGGGGGGCUAGAAUGACACUCUAAGCAGCGGUCCCCAGCCCCCUGGCAUCGAACCGCGGCAUUGCCAGCAACCGGGCCGCGCAAACAAGCGGGAUGCAGGCAGCACCCCAAACCACGGGCCCUCCGGUCCUUUCUCCACGGCACCACCAGUCCCUGGUGCUCGAAAGGCUGGGGGUCGCUUCUCUGGAAAGCCAGGUCUCAAGAGCAAGUCUCGGAUACAACGGGGCGCCCUCCGCCUAGCAGCUACGCUUGAGCCGAGCCUCUGGCUACACAACGCUGCCGGGCCCUCGCGAAGCCCGCUUAAAGGCCCCAUGGCCCGGCUUCUAGCGCUGCUCUCUUUCCAGUCGCAGCGGGAGCUUCGAUUUCCGAAGUCAGAAGCGGGAGAACGGGGCACUGAGGUGGGGGUGAGGCGAAAGGCGGGAAGGCGAAGAAACCCAGGCGUUACCCCACGAAGGCCGGGAUAAUUUUGUCUUUCCUUCCUGCGCAACGGACAGCGGUGAAGAGGAGAAGGGCGGCCGUUCCCUGCCAUAACUUAUUCGGUGUACAUGCAUGAAUUCCCUGCAGUUGGACUGUCCACCAAGUAGGAGAUGAAGAGGUGAAGGUGAAUGGCUGUGAGUUCGCCAGGAAAGAUCAGCUCAGUGGCAGGAGAAAGCAAGAUAGAAAUGGAUGGAGUGAGGAGAGAAUCUGAAAAUGGAUCUUUGCUGAUAGAUGCCUCCUCGCGUUUGUCACCAGUGGAUCCCUUCUCACAACCAUUGCACUUCAUCGAAUCCUGGAAUUUCCAUCUACUCUCUGUUCUGAUGUUCUUGGUGACCUCCUUGUCCCUGUUUGAAAAUUUUAUUGUCAUCUUCAUCACCAUUAAAUUCAAACAGUUGAGGCAACCUCUCAACUAUGUCAUUGUAAAUCUGUCCGUGGCUGACUUCCUUGUAUCUCUGGUUGGGGGAACAAUCAGCUUCCUAACUAAUCUGAAGGGUUAUUUUUACAUGGGCCAUUGGGCGUGCGUCCUGGAAGGCUUUGCAGUCACGUUCUUCGGAAUUGUUGCCCUCUGGUCACUUGCUCUGCUUGCGUUUGAGCGUUAUGUUGUAAUUUGCCGUCCCCUGGGAAAUGGGCACUUCAAGGGGAAGCAUGCUGCUCUAGGAAUAGCCUUUGUGUGGGUUUUCUCCUUGAUAUGGACCAUCCCUCCAACAAUGGGGUGGAGCAGCUAUACUCCCAGCAAGAUUGGGACCACUUGUGAACCCAACUGGUAUUCUGGAGAAUAUAACGAUCAUACUUUCAUUAUUACCUUCUUCACCACUUGUUUCAUAAUGCCCUUAUUGGUUAUUUUGGGAUCCUAUGGAAAACUGAUGCGGAAACUUAGAAAGGUUUCAGACGCUCAAGGCAGAUUAGGGUCUGUACAGAAGCCAGAAAGACAAGUUGCCAGAAUGGUGGUGAUUAUGAUCCUUGCUUUUUUAAUCUGCUGGACUCCGUAUGCAGCCUUUUCCAUCUUGGUCACCAGCCAUCCUUCGAUUGAACUGGACCCUCGCCUUGCUGCAAUCCCAGCCUUUUUUUCCAAAACAGCCACAGUUUAUAAUCCAGUCAUCUAUGUAUUUAUGAACAACCAGUUCCGAAAAUGUCUAAUCCAGCUGUUCCAGUGCAGUGGACAAGAAACCGCAGACACCAACAUGAAUGAGAUUUCAAAGAGGAAAGUGCUGGCGCGUGCCAAAGUGUGUGGUGAGGUCUCCACAGUCGCAGCCGGUGUGACUGUCUUCAACCAGAAAAAUGAAGAGGAGAGAAGCAGCUGA